UUGUUUUAUAUAGAUUUAUUAUUAUCACUAAUUGGAAGUUUAUUAUUAGUUAUUGGAGUAAUAGUUGGAGUAGCUUUUUUAACUUUAUUAGAACGUAAAGUUUUGGGGUAUAUUCAAAUUCGUAAAGGGCCUAAUAAAGUAGGGUUUAACGGGUUAUUACAACCUUUUAGUGAUGCUGUGAAAUUAUUUAGUAAGGAACAAACUUAUCCUUUAGUUUCUAAUUAUAUUUCUUAUUAUUUUUCUCCUAUUUUUUCUUUAUUUUUAUCUUUAUUAAUUUGAAUAUGUAUUCCUUAUUUAAUUAAAUUAUAUUCUUUUAAUUUAGGUAUUUUAUUUUUUUUAUGUUGUACAAGUUUAGGGGUUUAUACUGUUAUAAUCGCUGGGUGAUCUUCUAAUUCAAAUUAUGCGUUAUUAGGGGGACUUCGGGCAGUUGCUCAAACAAUUUCUUAUGAAGUUAGUUUAGCAUUAAUUUUAUUAAGUUUUAUUUUUUUAAUUGGUAAUUAUAAUUUUUUGAGAUUUUUUAAUUAUCAGUUUAAUAAUUGAUUUAUUUUUUUUUGUUUUCCUUUAGGAUUAGUUUGAUUAGCUUCUUGUUUAGCGGAAACUAAUCGAACUCCUUUUGAUUUUGCAGAAGGAGAGUCAGAAUUAGUUUCUGGAUUUAAUGUUGAAUAUAGAAGAGGAGGAUUUGCUUUAAUUUUUUUAGCUGAGUAUUCUAGAAUUUUAUUUAUAAGAAUAUUGUUUGUUGUAAUUUUUUUAGGUGCAGAUAUUUAUAGAUUAAUAUUUUUUUUAAAAUUAAGAUUUAUUUCUUUUGUUUUUAUUUGAGUUCGAGGGACUUUACCUCGUUUUCGAUAUGAUAAAUUAAUAUAUUUAGCUUGAAAAAGAUUUUUGCCUUUUUCAUUAAAUUAUUUGUUUUUUUUUAUUGGAAUUAAAAUUUUUUUUAUUUCUUUAUUAUUUUAA